CUCCUGGCAGGACAUUACAUGUUGAGAGAAUAGGCAAUUGACAUCUGGAUUGCCCUCACCUAAGGAGGGCCAUGGCCAGUACAGAGUCCUUGCUGGUGAGAUCCGUAAGCCCCAGCCCAGGUCCUGAUGACAGUGAGGUGGAGCUCGACUGCUGGUUUGACGAGGAGUUCAAGUUCAUCCUGCUGCCUGUGAGCUAUGCAGUUGUCUUUGUGCUGGGUCUGGGCCUCAACGGCCCAGCCCUCUGGCUCUUUCUCUUUCGCCUCCGACCCUGGGAUGCCACGGCCACCUACAUGUUCCACUUGGCGUUGUCAGACACCUUGUAUGUGCUGUCACUGCCCACCCUCAUCUACUACUACGCAGCCCGCAACCACUGGCCCUUUAGCACUGGGUUAUGCAAGUUCGUCCGCUUUCUCUUCUACUGGAACCUUUACUGCAGCGUCCUUUUCCUCACCUGCAUCAGUGUGCACCGCUACCUGGGCAUCUGCCACCCACUGCGCGCACUACGCUGGGGCCGCCCUCGCCUUGCCGGCCUUCUCUGCCUGGCGGUCUGGUUGGUCGUAGCCGGCUGCCUCGUGCCCAACCUGUUCUUCGUCACAACCAGCACCAGAGGGGCUACCAUCCUGUGCCAUGACACCACUCGGCCUGAGGAGUUCGACCACUACGUGCAUUUCAGCUCGGCAGUCAUGGGGCUGCUCUUUGGCGUGCCCUGCCUGGUCACUCUGGUGUGCUAUGGGCUCAUGGCGCGGCGCCUGUACCGGCCCUUGCCAGGCGCCGCCCAGUCAUCUUCCCGUCUCCGUUCUGUCCGCACCAUCGCCGUGGUGCUGGCUGUCUUCGCCGUCUGCUUCGUGCCUUUCCACAUCACCCGCACCGUUUACUACCUGGCGAGGCUGUGGGAAGCUGACUGCCAGGUGCUGAACAUCGUCAACGUGGUCUAUAAAGUGACUCGGCCCCUGGCCAGCGCCAACAGUUGCCUGGAUCCUGUGCUCUACUUGCUCACGGGGGACAAGUAUCGACGUCAGCUCCGGCACCUCUGCAGUGGUGGCGGGCCCCGGCCUCCCACAGCUGUCUCCUCCUUGGCGCUGGUGUCCUUGCCUGAGGACAGCAGCUUCAAGUGGAUGGCCGCCCCCCCAAGACAGUAGCUGCCCUCACCCUGGGGCAGACAGGUUGUAACACUGGAAGCCGAGAAGCGAGAGAAAAGGGGUGAGUGCAGGGCAGGGGUGGGGGAACAAUGGUGAUGCCUGCCAAGGCGCUCCUCCUCUACUCCGAGCUCUGGAGACAAGCCCUUACCCGGAGGAGUUGGGGGAGGCAGGGAAAUCGUGUGUGACCCCAUCUCUCAUAAACCCUUCAGCUGCCCUCUCUUUUCUAGCUAAAGACAGUAGCAGCCACUCCUCCACCUCUACUUCUGUCUCUUUGUGUCUGUCCCUUCCUGGAGCCAUUGGUCCUGGUGCUUGGGCCUACAAGACUGCCUGGAAAUCUUCCCCGGUCUUUCGUGCUCCAUUUUCCCCACGUCCUCCUGCAGCACGCGUUUCUGCAGCCAGCCAGAGCGUUCACCUGGAUGGGUGGAGAAGGCGGAGUAGUCAGGAUGGGCCUGACGCAUGCGAUGGUGAUAAGGUGAUAAGCAGAAUGAGGAAGUGGGAGCACCUUACAUAUCGCAUAUCACAUAAGCGAGGAUGUGCCAGACAUAGCACCUACACCCACUUCCUGCUUCUCCCUUGAAGACAGGAUAGUUUUGCCUACUGAGGUGCUGAAAUAGGACACAAUCCCAGGGAGCUUACAGGCCAGGGUCCCCACAGGCAGCUGGAAGGCUGGCACUGUUGAACUGGUGUGCAGUACGAGUUACAGUCCUAUCAUGGGGUGGGGACACUGAGGAGCCUCAGGGGCCAGGACCCAAGCUUGUA